GGUCAGCAGGGGGAUGUAACAUCAACACAACAUGAAGGUGUCGAUGUGCCUUUUGGUUCACAAGUUCAGUUUCCCUGGAGCAGCCUUAGCAAAGACGUCAUGAAAGCAUUGCAAGAGGGGACUCAACUUAAUCCGACUGACCGACAGGAAGUUGUGCGCAUGGCUGCCGCGGCCUGUCAAAAAGUCAAGGCUAGACCAUCUGCACGUGAAAUAAGGAGUGCUGCCAGUUACCUUGUUGACAAGUACCCUGGGGCACUUGGGGACCCCACUUCCUGCUCAGCUACGUCAGUUUCUUCUGUAGGCCUGGCCUACAAAAUAGAGAACAGAAUAGAAAACAACAGAAGAGGAUGCAAGCGCCUUGUGGAAGCGCUCAGUGGUGGAACCAUCAAGCUAAAGAAGCAGACAUCUCGAUCAGCUUACGGUUGUGUGAACUGGCAGCCAGCUACUACGAGUUCUUCACUUCAUGAAGUGGAAGCCUCAAGAAAGUUUCUAUUGGACGAGGCAUUGAAGUCGACAUGUGAACAAGACGUUUGCCUUCAAACAAAGGCCAUGGCUGAGUGCUACCCCCACAUCAGGACGUUCAUAAAUUCGUCAGAGCCUCCAUAUUCAGCAUUGGAUGUCAAACGAGCGUGGCCACUUCUGUUUGUGAGGGAGCACCUCCUUGAUCACUUCCAUAGGCUUACAGGUGUCUGUUUGGACGGAAAAUUGAGCCUGCCCAAAGAUGUCCUCCUCCUCGUGACAUUCCUACGUUCAAGCCCCAAAAAUGAUGCUGUGCUCGAGUGGAGCCUCAAAAUCAACAAGGCCGAGGCAGAGUUCAAAGAUCAAAACGCAGCAGCUGUCUGCCUCCUCCCAUUGCUUGCAUCCUACUUUCAAGAAAACCUCGGAGAGCUCUUCCAGUUACAUCAGGUGACAACAGAAAUCACAGAGGAGUUUCGUAACAGUCUGCCUGCUUCUCCUGUAAUUGUUGCACUGGGCCGCUCACUUUUCGAAUGCAGCUGCCAGCUGUUUGUGGACCAUGAGGUGAUGGUGGAAGAUGUGGGCUUUCUCCAAGCUGUGGAGCUCCUUUUCGCCCUUUAUUAUUGUUUAAACAUCCAGUAUGCCAAAGGUGCGGGAACCACACUUGAGUUCAUUCAGAGAUACCAAGUUGGUAUCAAACAACAUGAUGGGUCACGACAGGAGGCCGGGAGGUCGAAAGGAGCUCGGGCAAGAGCAAUCAAAGCCGCCACAGAUCUUGCUGCUUUUGAGAAAAAAUGGAACAGUGGGUCGAGGGCAGCAACCUUGAUCUGUCAUGGUGCUGAGUGGCUCAAUGUGGCAAUGCACAGCUCAUCUGAUGAUCGAUCGGAUGCCAUGAAGGUUUCUUUAUAAUUAUGUUCUUUUACGGUUUACAAUAUAGUUCUUCAAUUUCAAAACUGC